AAAAGUUUAUCUCUUCGGUUCGAUUCGUAUACUCAGAGAAAGUGAGCGAGAAAGUGGGAGAAAACGAAAGAAAAUCACAGAGGAAAACAUGAUCGGAGUAGGUAAGAUCAAGCAGUAUUCUAACAUUCUCGACAAACCUCUCAGCAAAGGCAAGCAAGAGGUAAGUUUGAGUGCAUAUGCAUUUUUGUUCUCGGAGCUUGUUCAGUACAAUCAAACCCAAGUCGACAAUAUUGCAGAGUUAGAGCGAAGGUUGGAGGAUGCAGGUUAUGCUGUUGGAGCUCGAGUUCUAGAACUUCUCUGCCACAGGGAGAAGGGAAACAGAAGGGAGACUCGGUUGUUGGGUAUUUUGUCUUUUGUACACAGCACUGUGUGGAAGGUCUUAUUUGGAAAGGUGGCUGACUCACUUGAGAAAGGUACUGAACAUGAAGACGAAUAUAUGAUCAGUGAGAAGGAACUUCUUGUGAACAGGUUUAUUUCAAUCCCAAAAGAUAUGGGUACAUUUAAUUGUGGAGCAUUUGUUGCUGGAAUAGUAAGGGGUGUUUUGGAUGGUGCUGGCUUUCCUGCUGUAGUAACAGCACACUUUGUACCUGUGGAGGGACAACAACGGCCGCGGACAACCAUCUUGAUAAAGUUUGCUGAAGAGGUACUACGUAGAGAAGCAAGGUUGGGUUGAUGUUGGCAUCAAGACUAUCCAAUCCAAUUCUUUUGAUGUUUAACCAUGGCAUGCCAAGGAAUGCUUAAUAUUGUCUUUCUAGUUUUUCAUACAAAUCAGUAGUUGUAUCUGGCAAUAUGAAGAACUUGUCUUUGAUUAACUGAAUUUUGUGCCAUACUUGGAUUGGCAUGGUGGCUAUAAUGGUGUGUUAGCAGCGAUUCUUGCCCCUUGGAUUGAUGCAAUGUAAAUGUUAUUGUUAAAAUUAAUUUUGAUGUUUGUAUUAACUUGAACCGAUUGUUUAAUUCGAGAUAUGUUAAUCUAUGAAUUUGCAGUCAAUAAAGGCUUUAUUUGUGUGCUUAUUCAUCAAAA